GCUCGCAGCCAGCGCGGCAUUCCAUAAAUAUGCUUCUGGUACAGCGUAGUGCUUCUCUGCUGUUAAUUCGGCCGCAGAGCUCUGCCUGCAAGCGUUUUGUCUCGGGCCGCGCCCGCCAGCCCACCACCGGAGCUCGCAGGAGCAUCGUCGCCAUGUCUGGGUCGCUGUCUGAGCUGCAUGCAAUCCCCGGGGUGUGUGUCAACCCGGACCCCUCCACCCAAAACUUUGUCUUCCAGCAGACUAUGUUCCGCAUCCGGGACCCCGCCAAGUCUCUGGACUUCUACACGCGCGUGCUGGGCAUGCGCCUGCUGGCCAAGCUGGACUUCCCUGACAUGAAGUUCUCGCUGUAUUUCCUGGGCUAUGAGGACGUCAAGGACAUUCCUGAAGACCCCGCUGACCGGACUGUCUGGAUGUUCCGUCGCAAGGCCUGCCUGGAGCUGACGCACAACUGGGGCACUGAGUCCGAUCCCAACUUCGCGGGCUACCACAGCGGCAACAGCGACCCGCGCGGCUUCGGCCACAUCGGCUUCAGCGUGCCUGACGUGUACGCGGCGUGCAAGCGCUUCGAGGAGCUGGGUGUGGAGUUCCAGAAGAAGCCAGAUGACGGCAAGAUGAAGGGCAUUGCGUUCAUCAAGGACCCGGACGGCUACUGGAUUGAGAUCCUCAACGCCGACAACGCGCGCCAGUUCGUGGGCUGGGGCAAGUAGACGUGUGGCAGGGCGUCGCAUUGCUGCGGCGAGUAGACAUGUGGCUGCGUGGCACGGAGUAACUGUGUGCGUGUCAAGGAGGAGUCCUCGCUGGCGCGGGUAAUGUGGAGGGUGGUUUGGGGUUGGAUGUUGGGAGCGUUGUGCUGAGCAUUGAUGCAGCGGGUGAAUGCUGGGGUGAACCGUGCAGUGGCUGGCAGGACAUGACCCGCGGGUUCCAUGCGAGUCCGCGGACAAGCCCAAAGUUGUUGAAAUGUGCCAGAUACAAACCGUGUAAUUGCAUCGAGUU